CUUUUUCACUUUUUAUAAUGCAAAUGCAACACAUUGACUCUCAAAAACGUGAUAGGACAGUAUAUGUCAACGAUCCAACAGACCAAAUGGAAGAGCACUUAAAAUACAAAGUUGUGAACAGAAAUAAAUCCAAAAUAAACGAUUUUCAAUGCCAAGUUUAUUUUAGAGAUCAAAUUUUUGACUUUCAGCUUUCCAAUGUAUUUAGCACCGCUUCCUUUGCCGUCCUGUUCUUUUGUCCUUACGACUUUUCGGAACAAUCCAGAAUCGAUUUAACUCAGAUUGAGGAAAACUACUCAAAAUUUAUUGAACGUAGUGCAAUCCCAAUCGUAAUCACACACGAUAGAGCACACGUUCAUUGGGCGUACGCUUCACCAGACAAGACUACAGAAAGCUUAAAAUUUAAACCAUCAUUUAUACUUGCUUCGGACAGUGUUGAUAAACUUAUUUCCACGUCAUACAAAGCUAUUGACAUGCAGAACCUUGAGAUGAUUCGUUCUGUAGUAGUCAUCGACAGUGAUCUGAACAUUGUUUUUACUUGCCACGUUCCACCAAUUAAAUUUUUCCCAAUUCAACCCAUCUUGAACUGCUUUCAAUAAAAAACAAAUAACUAUGUGAACC